UCUUCUUCACUAAGGGGAGAUGUUCGUCCAGCCGAACUCCCAGUAUAUACUUCCAGUACGCGUUGGAAAAUUCAUCCGAGACAUGCCAUCAUCUUCUGGCGAGGAUUGCUUAACUGUUGUGGAGGUACCAGAGAAUCGCUAUGACGAAGCAAUUCACCACUUAAGAUGGAAUUUCUUCGCCGACGAGCCACUCAAUAAUGCUGUAAGACUCUGUGCGAAGGGGGAAUCCCAAUAUGAGCUCGAGCAGCACUGUCUACUCACCUUGAAACAGGGUUAUUCCAGGAUGUUAGUGAAUUCAAAGGGAACGAUAGCGGGGAUGGCACUAAACGGCACCCUGAAGAAGGGCGAGCGCGAGGAGGCAGAGCGACGCCUCGCCGAGCUAGACGAUGAAAAGUUCAAGACAAUUUUCGGACUGCUGUAUAAGGUGAAUGACAAGAUUGAUUUAUUCGCCAAGUACAACGUAGAUGAGGUGUUCGAAUGCCGAAUCCUUAGCGUUGACGAAAACUACCGUGGUAGGGGUUUGGCGAACAUCCUUAUGGCCGACAGCUUAAAAGUUGCCAAAGACGCCGGUUUCAAGGUAUGUAAAGCCGAUGCAACCGGCAUAUACUCACAGAGGGUUUGUCUGAAGCACGGCUUCCAAGUAGAGGCGGAGAUCUCGUACGCAGAGUUGGAUAAAUCCAUCAGGCCGGCGCCGCCUCACCAAGCGUUAAAAUUGAUGGUAAAACUACUAGAUUGAAGAUAAAAAAAAUAAAGUCACUCUUUCGAUAGAGUUUAAUUAAAUUAAGUCAUCACCACGAAAGCGCAAAGCGCAAAGUAGAUAUGUGUAUCGUCGUCGUGUCGUGACAAUAAGCUCUAUUAAUGCAUGUCUCAGUGUCGCGAAUGCGAGACACGUGAUGCUGUUAGUAAAAGGGAUCGACAAGAACAAGAAUAUCACGUAGUAUAUGUCGAAAUGUUUUCAAAUGGUAUCUGCCCCCUCUAUAUAUACGUGUUCCGAAAAAUUAAAGAAACAAGAGAAAAAAAAACAUGAUUUAAUAAAAUAGCGUUGGAGUGAAGCAAAUUUGAUUGCUCUGAAGACGAUAAAACCCAAUUUGUUAUGAACAUGUGUUCGACUGAAAAUGGGUUUUGAAUCUCAUUAAAUAUACAAAUAGUAUACAAAUAAUACAUUAAAAAUAUAAAUAAUAUAAAAAAUAUAAAGUAUAUCCCAUUUAACGCUAUUUUGACUAUAAAGCAUAAGAUUCUUUACCCUAAUUAAUCAAUCAAAUGCUUAAUUGAAGUAUUUCAUUGAUUAAUCUAAUAAUCCAAGUACCCCUAGUAACCCUAAUAACAAAUAGGAGUUUAUAACGUUAUUAAUUCUCUGAGCGAUCAAAUUUGUUUUACAAUACUCGAAAACGCUAAAAUGAAAUUGAAAAAUUUGAUAUAAUCGAAAAAGUCUAUGAUUGUCUCGCAUAUCGCAUUUAGGCUUUCUGUUUCCGUUCUGCCAAUCGCUCCACUCUGGCGAAAAAUUGGAGAUAUACGAAAUAUUUAUAGAAUUAUCGUAUAGUAUUUAACAUUCUAAGCGUUUAACACAUUGAUUGCCAUGCGAUCCGAAUAGUAUAUGUACAUUUUGCCGCGUGAUAAAAAAUUAUUUUUAUAUUAUUAAUUCUUGUUAUUUUUACUAUCGCGCGAUGUUUAAUGCGUAAAUGUGGCGCGAUAGGAUUCUUGGCAAAUACAGCAUGACAGUCAACUUCUUAAAGCAAAUUUAUCAAUAUAAUUAAAUCUGAUUUAAUGAUAAAUAUAUACACAAUAAGUCUUCUAAAAGGAUUUCGUUCCUUGAUGACAAUUUUGACACCUUUAAGAAGAUAAAACAUUUAUACAUUAUCGAUUCUACACCAGUGACAUUACAUACGUAUCUUAUAAUUAUUUAUUUUUUCGUAAUGAAUUUAAGGAAAAAUAAAAUUAAAAGAUUGAGAUGUUUAAGUGAUCUUAUAAAAAUAAUUAUAAGAAUUGAAGAAAGGAUAUCAAUAAUUAAUCGCGCAGCAAAGCACCAAUCUGAUAAUAGAAAGUAAGAAAGAUAAAGAAAGUCGCAAAGUAUCAAAAAUUGUUCUAUCUUUACGUCUUGCGAUACGCCAAUAUCGCCGCGUGAGAAAUGGUCCAUGAGAUAUAUAAGGUCUAGUUAUAUCUUCUUUCUCUCAUGCGUACAUACAUAAAUGAAACGCAAUGGUGCAGAUUGUUUUCUAACUUGUAUAUUUACUAUAUUCUAUCGAAAGCGGCAAUAUAUGGUCGCAACUCAAAGUUGUUAUUCUGGAUUAUAAUAUAAACGGGUCCAUAUAAAUUUUAAAAAAGAUUAUUAUUAUACGUAAAGAGAAAAAAAUGGGAGAUAUUUUUAUCGAUGUCACGUGUUGCAAAAGAGUAAUAUAUAAAGUACGAGUUAUUUUGUAAAAACGUCCGCUAAAUGCGAAUUAUAACGCGAUUUAUAAUGAUUUAUAUUGCGUAAUGAUAUGUAUCCUUUAAAUGAAAUAAUAAAUUUCGAUAUUUAGGAAUGGAA